CCUGCGGCGUGACGUGCAGUCCGCGUUACUCUGUUCAGGGUCGUUACGCCUAUAUCAUCCACGAGCAUCCUGCGUCUGACUCGCUACGCACCCGCGAUUCUGCUUCUUCCUUCGGCAUAGGGCUGAGUCUACACAAAGAACCAUCUGGUCUGUCUUGACCAUGGUGACCACCGCGAUCACCACCAGAUAACGGCUUGAGCAUGGCCAUUCCUCUCCCAGGAUCCCCGUCGUCGACCUGGGCCAUGUAUCGCGAACGCCUCAGGCUCUCUUUCAGCGGUGCCGACCCAAGGACAUGCAUAGCUUUCUGGCUGUUCGGCUUGAUUAACAAUGUUCUCUAUGUCAUUAUCCUCUCUGCCGCCCUGGACCUCGUGGGACCAGACGUGCCCAAAGGGGUCGUCCUCCUAGCAGAUGUCAUACCGUCGUUCUUGACCAAACUCUGCGCUCCCUACUUCAUCCAUCUCGUCCCCUACCCGAUCCGAAUCGUCAUCUUCGUUGCCUUGUCCUCAUCAGGAAUGCUCCUGAUCGCGUUGACUCCGAGCUACACCGAGGGAGGCUCGAUUGGAGCCAAGUUGGCGGGCGUGUUACUGGCCUCUCUCAGCAGUGGUGGAGGAGAGUUGAGCUUCCUGGGACUCGUGCAUUACUAUGGACCUUUCAGUCUGGCUGCUUGGGGAAGUGGAACAGGCGGUGCUGGACUGAUUGGCGCAGGCGCAUAUGCGAUAGCAACUACGUCCUUGAGUCUCAGUGUCCAAAGAACACUGCUGGCUUCUGCCUGCUUACCUGCAAUUAUGCUGGUAAGCUUUUUCCUAAUCCUGCCGCGAGAACCGCUUCGUUUGCACGGAAAGAAGCAUGACCAUACCACGAGUCCUGUCAUAGAUGAGGAUGUUGAUGGCGAUGACAUUGACGAUGAUCAACAACGAGGACUGCUUUCUCCUCCCGCAGCGACGAAACCAGCGCUCGACUUGCGCAGCGGCAAGCAUUCGACGUGGUCAAUGUUCAGACAAAACUUGGCCCGGGCGAGAGGCCUAUUCCUCCCGUAUAUGCUACCUUUGCUGAUAGUGUAUGUGGCGGAAUACACCAUCAACCAGGGUGUCUCCCCAACGCUCUUGUUUCCUCUGGGACAGACACCGUUCAAACAUUUUCGAGCCUUCUACCCGACCUACAAUGCCAUCUAUCAAAUCGGAGUAUUCAUCUCGAGAUCUUCGACACCAUUCCUCCGAGUUCACACCCUGUACCUGCCAUCGAUGCUACAGGUGGCCAACCUGAUUUUACUGGCACUGCAUGGGGUCUUCAACUUCAUUCCUAACAUAUACAUUAUAUUUGUUGUCAUAUUUUGGGAGGGUCUGCUAGGUGGUCUUGUUUACGUCAACACAUUCGCAGAGAUAAGUGACAAUGUAUCGAGGGAGGAUCGCGAAUUUUCACUAUCGGCUACCACGGUAAGCGAUUCUGCGGGCAUUUGCAUUGCUGGGUUUAUAAGCAUGGGCUUAGAAGUGAUGCUGUGCAAUUGGCAGGUCCAUCAUGGGAGAGAUUACUGCAAGAAACUGUAACGCAGACCAAAAGCAAGAUCAUGAUGCAAUACAAGAUCCCCUGGAGGAACACCCUUGACGACCUUCCUAGCCUGAUGUUACCCAUUGUGUGAGCAGGCGACCUGAGAUGGUUGACGCGAUGAUAGUUUGCUAGCGACAGUUGAUCCGAUAUGCUGGUAGCUGCCGAGCCUGUUUCCAGAAAGAGUGGCAC